GAGACGUACGGAUGCCAGAUGAACGUCAACGACACGGAGAUCGCCUGGGCCGUGCUGCAGAAGAAUGGCUACGCGAGGACAAAGGAGCCGGCUGAGGCAGAUGUGAUUCUCCUUGUCACCUGCUCUGUGAGGGAGAAGGCAGAGCAGGCCAUCUGGAAUCGCCUGCGGCACCUCAAGGCGCUGAAAGCCCGGCGGCAGCAGGCUGGCUUACCUCUCCGCAUCGGGAUUCUAGGAUGUAUGGCUGAGAGGCUUAAGGAGGAGAUUCUGCACAGGGAGAAGCUAGUCGAUAUUGUGGCAGGCCCUGAUGCGUAUCGUGACCUCCCCCGGCUGCUGGCUGUGGCAGAGUCUGGCCAGCAAGCUGCUAACGUCCUGCUCUCGCUAGAUGAGACUUACGCAGAUAUUCUGCCUGUUCAGACUAGCGCAGGGGGCACAACAGCCUUUGUAUCUAUCAUGCGGGGCUGUGACAACAUGUGCAGCUAUUGCAUCGUGCCCUUCACCCGUGGCCGCGAAAGGAGCCGCCCCAUCGCGUCCAUCCUGCAGGAAGUGCAGAUGCUCUCGGAUCAGGGAGUGAAAGAAGUGACCCUUUUGGGUCAGAACGUCAACAGCUUUCGGGACAUGUCUGAGGUGCAGUUUCAGUCAGCUGCUGCCCCAGCCCUCAGCCGCGGCUUUAGCACUGUCUACAAAUCCAAAGCAGGAGGCUUGCGCUUUGCACAUCUUCUAGACCAGGUUUCUAGAAUUGAUCCAGAAAUGAGGAUCCGUUUCACCUCUCCACACCCCAAGGAUUUUCCUGAUGAGGUCCUGCAGCUUAUCCAGGAGAGACACAACAUCUGCAAACAGCUUCACCUCCCGGCCCAGAGCGGGAGCACACGAGUCCUGGAGGCCAUGCGACGAGGAUACACACGAGAAGUGUAUUUAGAGCUUGUGCACCAUGUGCGCGACUCCAUUCCGGGAGUGAGCUUAAGCAGUGAUUUCAUUGCUGGUUUCUGUGGAGAGACAGAAGAAGAUCACCAGCAGACUGUGUCCUUGCUGCGGGAAGUCCGCUACAACGUAGGCUUCCUCUUUGCCUACAGCAUGAGACAGAAAACCCGUGCCUAUCACCGCCUGCAAGACGAUGUGCCUGCAGAUGUGAAGAAGAGGCGGCUGGAGGAGCUCAUUGCUGUCUUUCGAGAGGAGGCUGCAAGGGCAAACGAGGCGAUGGUGGGUCGGUCUCAGCUGGUGCUGGUGGAGGGGCCCAGCAAGCGCUCGGCCUCAGAGCUGUGUGGGAGGAAUGACGGCAACAUCAAGGUGAUCUUCCCGGAUGCUGAGAUGGAGGAUGCUGCGGGCUGCGAGGCGCCGGUCAGAGCCCGGCCAGGCGACUACGUGCUGGUGAAGGUGACCUCUACCAGCUCUCAGACCUUGAGGGGAGUUCCGCUCCGCCGUACUACCCUGUCCCGCUCUGCGGCGUGUCGUUGA